GAUGUGAUGUAAAAGUUACCGCAAAGCAGAACUUUGAACAGAAUGUCAUUUUCUGUGGUCAGUGCAGAAACAGCCAUUGGAAUUUUAAGUGGAAGAUGCAGAGAAGGGGCCGACUGUUUGGUCAAUGUGUAUGGGAAGGUGACAUGUGUGAGUGAAGUGGUUAGGAUUAAAGAUAACCAUCUUUUCAUGGUCAAGUUUAUUCCAAAUGUUGAUGUUAUUAUUAAGAGAAAAGAAUUUCUGCAUUGGCAGCUUGAACUGACACCUUACAAGGAGUAUAUACUAACAGACCUGAGACCCACAACCCUUCAGAAGGGCAGUAGUACACGACAGAGAGUGUUUACAGUGACAAGUAGUAGUAAGCUGCUUCUGCCGGAUGAGGUUGACAUGAGAUUUAUGACAGAAUCUGAAAUGUUGAAACAGUAUGGCUUACAGGGUGCUGUAGAACAAGUAUCCAGUGUUCACAGACAGGACCCAGUAAUUGAUAGUUUAUUUUCCUACCAGGGAAAGGUGACAGCAGUUUUGGAUCAAGGCCUCAGUGUGUUUGAACUUGAUAGCACUGUAAGGUUGUUUGUUGGUCCAGUGCCUGCUGUACACAAGUUCUCCAUGCUGAAGUUGGGGAUGACAGUUCUUGUACAAAAUGCACACUACACCACUUCUAAACAGUAUCCAAGAGUUAGUGUGUAUUGCUGUAUGCUGACCAAAGUACAGUGUAUAGAUGAAAUUGUUCAGCAG